UCUCUCUUGUGACAGCUGCUGCUGCUGCCGCUGGUUAAGUGCUUGUUUUCCAACAGUUUAUUUUCUAAUAUUUGUUCACUUCCAGACUUACUUUCACUUAAUAAUGGCAACAACAGGACAGGUAAUCAGAUGCAUGGCAGCUGUUGCUUGGGAGCCCAGGAAGCCUCUUUCUAUUGAAGAAGUGGAUGUUGCCCCUCCUAAGGCUCAUGAAGUCCGGAUCAAGGUUGUUGCCUCAGGCGUGUGCCACACAGACUGGGAAUACCUGUAUGAGGCCGGAAGAGGAAUGAGCCUCCGACCUUUCCCUGUGGUUCUGGGACAUGAAGCAGCAGGUGUAGUGGAGAGUGUUGGCCCAGAUGUAACCAAGUUUGCACCGGGGGAUAAAGUCAUUCCUCUUUUUCUUCCGUUUUGUGAAGAGUGUGACCAGUGUAAAUGUGAGAAAACAAACCUCUGCAAGAAGAACUGGGAAAACACACAAGCGGGUGUUUUGGCUGACGGGACGAGCAGAAUAUCUUGCAGAGGUCAGCAGGUCUACCAGUUCCUGGGUGUCAGCUCCUUCUGUCAGUACACGGUGGUUCCCGACACGUCUCUGGCGAAGAUAAACCCCAAGGCUCCACUGGAAAAAGUCUGCCUGCUGGGCUGCGGCGUCUCCACUGGUUACGGUGCGGCUGUUAAAACCGGGAAGGUUGAGGAAGGUUCCUGCUGUGCCGUGUUCGGACUCGGAGCGGUGGGUCUGGCUGCCGUUAUGGGCUGCCAGGCGGCCAAGGCCAGAAGGAUCAUCGCGGUCGACAUCAACCCUGACAAGUUCCAGAAAGCCAGAGAGUUUGGAGCGACAGAGUGUAUCAACCCCAGAGAUUAUGGAAACAAGCCCAUCCAGGAGAUUCUGGUGGAGAAGACCAACGGGGGGGUGGACUAUGCUCUAGAGUGUGUUGGCAGUCCAGUCACCAUGAGCGCUGCACUGGAGUCCACAAGAGACGGCUGCGGGACAUGCGUCAUUGCUGGGUGGACAGAGACGGAGUCGAUGAGCGUCAAGGUUAUAAAGAUCCUGAUGGGGCGCACCCUGAAGGGGACUUACUUUGGAGGUUGGAAGAGUGCGAAGGACGUUCCUCAGCUGGUGGAGGAUUACAUGCAGAAGAAGCUGAAGCUGGAUGAAUUUAUCAGCCAUAACCUCCCGCUGGCUCAGAUCAACAACGCCUUCGACCUGCUGAGAAACGGUCAAAGUAUCCGAACAGUCAUCAGUCUGGACGACUUCUGAAAGAAGGAUACAGCAGAAAUGAGUCCACCUUGAAGAAAUCCCUUGUUUUAGCAUCAAGUUACCAUAAAUCCCACUAGAUGGCAGUGUUGUAUCAUAGAAAAAACUUGAACAUUUGUCCCUAUAAUCACAUUUCCAUUUAUGAAGUUUCUUUUAUUUUAUGUUUUCCCUACAGUUUAUUAAAGUCUAGAUGUAAACACCAA